AUGAACCUGCAGGCCAACGAAAUCCGGUUCCCGCCUAUGGAACCCACUGGGCACACCGGACAGAGCUCGGCCACAGGUCUGGUACCCGAAGCCAGUCAAACCGCGCAAAUACAGAUCGAGACAACACACGCCCCAUCCCAGAUCACCACCAACAGCACAACACCCCAACCAUCAACCACACCCACACACCAACAAACUAUGGGUAUGAUCCAAACGGGUCGUACCAUAAUAAAGGAGGUACGGCAAGCGGUGGAGAACUCGGCGCAUGGCUGCGGUCUGGAAUCGCGACUGACCAUGCUCGAGAACUGUAUGGCCCGCUUUGGCGAAGACCAACGUCGCAUUGCAGAGACAAUGCGACGCCUAGAGAUGGGUAUGGCACGCCAAGCACCGGAACAGCAACCGGAUGCAACCCCACCGAUCCGCCCACACCACUCAGUGUCAACGAACAACACGGAAUACGGAGCGAGGUACCCCGCGGCACGCGAACCACCGUCCGCGGGUAACCACCGCGCCGAUCAUUCAGUACGUUUCGACGACACAACAAACAUACACCAUGCCCCCUCCUCCACAUACACCUACGCGGCACAACAAUCGACGCUGAUACCAUACGACGACGUAUGUGCAGCGAGACAUUCGCUGCCGGAGUACCACGGGACAACACCUGAGGACCCGGCAAGAUUUAUCCAUAAAGCGGAGUCGAUAAUGUACCAAACGCGUAUAGAUAGGUCGGCCUGGACAAAUAUUAUCGCACAGCAGCUAAAGGGUGCAGCCAGUACCUGGUGGAACACCAUCAGACUACUGGACGUCACCUGGGACGAGUUCCGCGCCGAAUUUUUAGAAAAAUUCGACAACGUGGAAAUUCAGUCACGGCUGCGGGCAGAGAUAGUAUCCGUCCGACAAACACCAACGCAAUCGCUAACGGAAUUCGUAACGCAAAAAAAUCAACUUGCCCGCCGCGUCAAUACCGGACUAUCUGAAACACAGCUAGUAGGCACGAUAGCCGGACUAACGCGCAACGAAUACCGCACGCACAUAAGAUUGCAAAGACCAGCGACUUUCGGAGACCUCCGCCGGAUCGCUGGAGUCCUGGAGUACACACCUGACGACCCAGCGACACACCCACAGCCGAAACCGGCGCAAAAAAAAUUUUCCCAAACCCGCCCGCCCCAACCAACGCACCAAACGCGAACACGGGACGGUACCGCCGGCAAAACGCAACCGCCCAACCCGUGCAGAUACUGCGGAGGUCCUCACUGGAACAGUGACUGCCCCGGGAACACACCGCGUUCGGGAAACGGGAAAUGA